UUUGCGUCUACAUCAGGCUGCCGGUAGGAAGAGUGCAAGUGUGUGUGUGAACGGAGAUGAUUAAUAAUGCCAGUGCUGGAAGAAAAAGCACAUGUGAACAGCGGCAAUCUCUGAGCAGCGGAAAGGAGGAGCAAAACAGCAGUGAUUCUCUCUCUCUGUGUGUUUUCUGUCUGAUGCACUGGAGCGUUCGGAUACAUUCCCAUACUGCAGCGCUGUCAUUUGCUGGAUAAACUACCAUCUGCUUGAAAAAACCCUGGACUGAAGCAGAGCACAUGUGUUAUACAGAUGACUGGAUGACGGAGACUAGUUGAACGUGCGCUUUGGCAGGCGAAGGAGAAUCACGUUAUGCUGUUUGGGAAGAGCAAAUCGGAGUGACACUGGAAUGUCUCAGGAAUAAUCCCAUGCAACAUUCACUCAUCCAUGCAUUGCACUAUUACAGGCACUCUGGCGUGUAGCUACACAUUUACAUGGAAUUAUAGUAGGAUUUCUGCCUGUAUGGAGUGAACAUCAGCUGUGCAGACCUGUGAAUGGAUCCCUUAUUGUUUCUUUGCAUUUUAAAGGGAAUUCAGGAAAGCUGAAGUUCCGCAUGUAACGUGGUGUAAUUGGAUAGCAUGUUCAUUUGCAGCUGUGUGCUUUAGGAAGCGGUUUGGGAUUGUAGUUUGCGCCUAAACUGACGUGUGGCAGAAUGGAAUCGUGAUUUUCCCACGAUGCUGUGUGGUUUGAGGAGAGAGGGUCGCAAUAAUAGUGAUGACGUCCCAUACACAAAGGGAAGCAAAGAUACUGCCAGUGACAGCAGUGGCUUCACCAAUAGAUGCAGUCUCGCUGAUGAGCAGAGAGGUGUGACCACGGUGGAGCUGAUUAAAAAGGAGGGCAGCAGCCUUGGCCUCACCAUCUCUGGAGGCUGUGACAAAGAUGGCAAGCCAAGAGUGUCAAACCUGAGACCAGGAGGCCUCGCGGCCCGGAGUGACCAGCUCAAUGUCGGCGACUACAUCAAGUCAGUGAACGGGAUAAACCUUUCCAAACUCAGACAUGAUGAGAUCAUCAGCAUGUUGAAGAACAUCGGCGAGCGUGUGGUGCUGGAGGUCGAAUACGAGCUGCCGCCGUUCGCUCCCAGCAAUCCCUGCAGCGUCAUCUCCAAAACCAUCGAAGUGUGCUUGGAGAAAGAAGGAAACAGCUUUGGCUUCGUUCUGAGAGGGGGAUUUCAUGAGGACUGGCAUAAAGCUCGACCUCUAGUGGUGACCUAUGUGAGGCCCGGUGGACCCGCCGACAGAGAGGGAACCUUGCGCGCAGGCGACCGCGUGUUGAGUGUGAACGGUGUUGCGGUGAACAGACAGAAACAUGCUGACGCUCUGACCCUGAUCAUGCAGAGCAGCCAGGAGGCUUUCUUCCUCAUCGAGUACGACAUCAUGGUCAUGGACUCAGUCCAGAAGUCCUCUGGGCCGCUGCAGGUGGACAUCGCUCGCUCCGCAGGCUCAGUUCUGGGUCUCAGCCUCUCUACCUCCCUCUACAGGAAUAAACAGGUCAUUACCAUCCAGAAGAUCAAACCUGCCAGUGUUGCAGACCGAUGUGGAGCUCUGCAUGCUGGAGAUAUUCUGCUGGCUAUAGACGGCAUGAGCACUGAACACUGCUCUCUGAUGGAGGCGCAGCAGCUCCUGUCCAGCUCCUCUGAGCUCACCAAGCUGGAGAUCCUGCCCUCUCUGCACAGCUCACAGGACACAGUCCGUGUCCAGAGGAGUAGUCAGCGGCAGUGGGAGUCCAGUGAAAACUACACCAACGCUCUUCCAGCUUUCCAGAAAACGCCGUCGGCCUGGAGUCACACCACUCCUACACCCUCACACCGCUCCGUGUCGUCGGGCGUCUCUGCAAACACCUCAGGCUUUCACAGUUAUAACUGCGGCAGUCAGCCAGCGUAUCCCAACACGUAUCCCAGCAGCACUUUGCCCUCGUACCCGUCCAGCCCUCGCUGCAGCACCACCAAGAGGAGACACCGCAGGAAAGAGCACAAGAGCUCCUUGUCUCUAGCGUCGAGUACGGUGGGUGCUGGAGGUCAGGUUGUGCAUCUAGAAAGUGCGGAGGUACUGCUGAGAGGAGAUCCUCUGACUGGAUUCGGGCUGCAGUUGCAAGGAGGAGUGUUUGCCACAGAGCCGCUGUCAGCACCGGCCGCCAUCCGCUUUAUAGAGCCCGACACACCUGCUGAACGGUGUGGAGUGUUACAAGUUGGCGACCGAAUUCUCUCCAUUAAUGGGAUUCCCACUGAGGACGGGACGCUGGAAGAGGCCAAUCAGCUGCUCCGAGAUGCGGCGCUGGCCAAUAAGGUCGCACUGGAGGUGGAGUUUGAUGUCGCAGAAUCAGUCAUUCCAAGCAGCGGCACAUUUCAGGUGAAGCUGCCCAAGAGACGUGGAGUAGAGCUGGGCAUCACAAUCAGUGCCAGCAAGAAGGCGGGAAAGCCUCUGAUCAUCUCUGAGAUUCAGAAAGGCAGCAUUGCGCACAGAAUAGGAACCCUGGAGCCUGGAGAUCGUCUGCUGGCCAUUGAUAACGUCCGUCUGGAUAACUGUGGGAUGGAGGAGGCCAUGAUGGUCCUCCAGCAGGCCGAGGGGAUGGUCAAACUGCGCAUCCAGAAAGAUGAAGACAACCUAGAUGAAUUGGAGUCAUCCGGUUCAGUCAUAUUCACAGUAGAGCUGAAGAGACACGGCGGCCCUCUUGGAAUCACCAUUUCAGGCACUGAAGAGCCCUUCAAUCCCAUCCUGAUCUCUAGCCUGACCCGCAACGGCCUCGCUCACAGGACUGGCGCUCUUCAUAUCGGAGACCGAGUAUUGGCCAUCAACAACAUGAGUCUGAAAGGCAAACCACUGAGUGAAGCCAUUCACCUGCUGCAGACUGCUGGAGACACGGUCACACUCAAGAUCAAGAAACGAUCUGACCCACUUUUGGAUUCAGAGCGGGGCAGUCCGUCCAGAACGGCCUCGUGCGUGAGCGACAUGGAAGACGAUCGCUCCGAUUCGUUCCGGAGAGGGAAAUACUCCGAUCUCCUCCGUCAGACCACGCCGCCUAGUCUGGAUUCAGCCAUGGACUCGUGGGACAGUUCGGCCCUCGACGCUGGCUACGGAAGUCAGGGCGUGUAUAUUCAUAGGCCAUCUGACUUCACUCUUCAUCCCAGCGACUGGAGACAGACCAAUCACAGGAGCCCACUGAUGUCCAGAAGACCCGCCCACCGUCCUACAGUGUAUGAUGGGAGACUGAGUGAAGAAGACUGGACGUACUCUGGAUCUGUCAGUCCCGCAUGCGGCCACAUCUACAACAGUACAACAGACGCUCAGGAGAACUAUUGGUCACAAGCUCUUCAGGACCUGGAGACCUGCGGUCAGUCAGAAAUCCUGCGCGAGCUUGAGGCUACAAUAAUGUCAGGCAGCACGUUGAGUUUGGGAGAAGACUUCGAGAAGCAGAAUGAAAGCAAGACCAAAUUUCUGGAACUGAGCCCGGAGAGGACCUCCGUGAACACACCAGAGGACCUGAAGGAGAACAGUCCGUCAGUGCCACUAGAGCUUCAUAAGAUCGGCAUUCAGAAGGACGCCGACAGCAGGGAUUUUGGGUUCAGUGUGUCCGACGGUCUGCUGGAAAAGGGUGUUUAUGUGAACAUGAUCCGUCCGGAUGGGCCUGCAGAUCAGGCUGGGUUACGUCCAUAUGACCGGAUUCUGCAGGUCAAUCAUGCGCGGACUCGUGAUUUUGACUGCUGUCUAGCUGUGCCAUUGAUCACGGAGGCCGGAGAGCAUCUGCAGCUGGUCAUUAGCAGGAAUCCUCUCGCUCAGGCGCACGACUGGCCACCUAAAGACUGUCAGGACGCUUCCCAACUGUCUGCACAAAAUCCAAGAAAAGUUGACCUCUGAUUCCCACAACUGAGAAACACAGAGCACAAGUUUGUUUUUCGUCCAUCACGUUCUCUCACUCACCCUCACAUUAGCACUAGUGUUUUUUUAUUACACAUCUAUUUAUUGAUAUUUAUUUAUUAUUCUCAAGCCAAGUUCAAUGUGUUUGUCACGAUGUGUUUUUUGAUGAUCCUCACUCCAAACGAGCCACAAAACAAGUUCACACAGACGCACACGAGUUAUGCUCACUCUUAGUUACACAAAUCAUCAUGUUCACCUCCAUCCAAGUCUCUUUUGUUUGUAUUCUAAAUAAUGGCGCACUCAUUUAGUUCGUCCUGUCAACAGCCACUCUUUGAUGAAGCAGAUCUGUGGGUUUUACCGAACACGAAACUCAAAGCCAUGCGUUUGUCUGUCUAUAUGCAAUUUCUGAGAUCAAAACCAUGACUGUUUUGACAUUCGAUUUUUUUUAACCCUGAUGAAAGCACAUCUUUUGUUCGUCUUCAAAAAGUGACGUCUUGACAUGAAUGUUUCAGGUGCAUGUGAUGCAGUUCGGUGAUGUUAUUUGUGUAAUGUAAAGUCAUAUAUGAAGAUUUUAUGCCCCCAAGAAUUGAUUUUAAGUAAUGGAAAGUCCUUUAAAGGAGCUUGUUUUUAGUGUGACUUUUAAAAGAUCCUUCUUGCCCACUAUUUUAAUGUAGAAACCCCCUGUUCCUUGAUGUUAAAUAAGUAGGAUGCUGGGAAUGAGAUUAAUACUCUUUGGUAAGAAGUGAUCAGGUUUUUGUUUUUUAAGAAAAUAAAGGAUAAUAACCAG